AAACUGACAGCAUCUGCAAAAACAUCUGAACCACCCGUUGAACCCACCACCACAGAGCCAGAACUGAAUAUAGCCAGUACAGAUGAAAAGGCAACUAAAACCUACCUACCUACCGUUGAUCAGAGUAGUGCCCCUCAUAAAUCCCACCCUGAAGUGGUGACUGUCCUGGAACAGUGUUGAAGGUCAGAGUGAGUCAGGAAGAGUCCAGUAUACCUCAAGGACUAUGUCUGUGACUAGACUUUAUAUCUUUUGUUGCCAUUAUCAUGGUAAUUAUUGCUUAUCAUUUAUUGAUCCUUGUAUGUUCAACUGAUCAGCUGAUAGAUUUGUCGUAUGGACCCAUUGAUUCUGAACUAAAGUAACAUUAACAUCUUAUGGUUUUUUUUUAUUUUUCAAAAAGGAGAAUGUUACAAUAUGCACUUGAUUUCUAUCAAUAACUAGCUAGCCUAAGAUCGAGUUACAUCUGUAUGUCUUGUCACCAUGUGUGUUAAUGAAAUAGUUGAUUAAACCGAUCUUGAAACACAUAUACAAACAUUUACUCAACCCAAUUGUUUUAAGGACUAUAUGUGGAUCAAGUGUAUUCCAAAAGACUUACAGUGAAAUUAAAAAUUAUAAGAAAAAAAGCGAGCUACAUCGUUUUGCUUACACAUCAUUUAAAAAAGUAUUGGUUGAUUUACGAUCCUUAAUGAGAGGCAAAUCAUACGACAAUCAAGACGACUUAACUCAGUUGAGGGUUCUUGAUGAUAUCCUUUAG